AUGAAUCAUCCAUUCUUGAGGAAUAUUACUUGGCUAGCUUGGACAAGUCUUUUUGUUUUAGUUUCGGGAACAGAGGCCAAUUGGGAUGAAGCCACAGGGCACAUUCGAGACCACAAGCCCACUGAGGAAUGGUUGAGUAUGAACUCGGCUUCGGCAAUGACCUCUAAUAUACAAGUGUCAGAAUGUGCACGUAAUACCAGGCUUGCAUAUCCUAAAGUCCAGCUUUUUGCAUAUUUUGAGGUCAAUCAUGGCGAUGACUGUUAUCAUGGCUGUCCAUAUGGAAACUGCCACGCCUUCACUAACUUCCCUCAGCCUGAUGAUCUCGAACCGUCUUAUACGGAUGGUCAUAGCUUCUUUUGGCAUAAGCUCGGCGGCCAUCCAGGUUCUGGUGUGAAGCCUAUCUCAAACCCAAGAAAUGGAGCGUACGGAUGGGAAGAUAGCAUCAAUGGGAGAUAUUAUGACGGAAAGCCGGAUUAUUCCAGGAAGCAGAACGACCAUGACGAGCACUACCCUUUGUGGAGUCAAAGGAAAACCGCCUUGACUCCAUGGCCGGCAGACGCGGCCCAAAGGUUUGAGAACGGCGAACCUGAGCCUUAUCAUCCAAAAUGUGGACGUCCAUGCGAGCCCAACAAGGACCCUGGUUCGGUCCCGGGAGCUUAUGGAAACUAUCACUCCACACCUGCCUCGGAAUACUUUCCUCCCAAAGAUUGGGAAGGAAGCUGCGACGACAGUAACUACUCAUCGGGCCCGAAUCAUAAACCGGACCGCAUAAAUUCGACUUCAAGAAGCCGGCUCCUAUCCGAAAACGAAAUCCUAACGUGA